AGUCCAGCCCUCCGAGGCUCGGAUGAGGAAGUAGCUCCGCUGGUACGUGCGCUGAAUCGGACAGCGACACAGAAAGUAGUUUUCCAGCCAUGAAGCUUCGCCUGCACUUCGUGGUGGACCCCAUGGGCUGGCUGUGCAUCAGCGUGGUGUUCGGGAUCUGGCUCUACAACACCUUCUUUAUUCCCAAACUCGUGCUGCUUCCUCACUACAACGAAGGGCACAUCCCGUGGGCCAUCGUUGUUUGCUAUUACAUAGCGUCAGCACUCUGCAUACUGGCCCUGUUCAGAGCUUCCACAGCAGAUCCUGGACGUCUUCCUGUGGACCCCCACAUACCUCACUCUGAGAGAGAGCAUUGGGAGUUGUGCAAUAAGUGCAACCUAAUGAGACCCAAAAGGUCGCACCACUGCAGUCGCUGUGGCCACUGUGUUCGCAGGAUGGACCACCACUGUCCUUGGAUUAAUAACUGCGUAGGAGAAGACAACCACUGGCUCUUCCUGCAGCUCUGUUUCUAUGCUCAGGUCCUCAGUUUAUUCACAUUGGUGCUGGACUUCUGCCAGUACUAUUACUUCCAGCCACUGACAGAACUAGACCAGGAGAGGUUCACAACACGCCACGAACUGGCUCUGCUGCGAGUGUCGGCGCUCAUGGGUGUGGUCAUGUUUGGCGGCAUGUCCAGCUUGUUUUACACCCAGAUGACGGGCAUCCUCUCUGAUAUGACCACCAUUGAGAAAAUGACUCAGUUCACGAAUGAAAUAUAUGGCAUGAAGAAAUCCUGGCAGUGGGCGCUCGCUGAAGUUUGCGGCACUCGCUGGAAGCUCCUGUGGUUCCUCCCGCUCCGGAGCAGACAGCCCCUCCAGGCCGGCUACCACUUCCGCACCCACGUGUAGGCCGGUCCGGUAUAUCUCCCACCUGCACAGAUGGUAGGAGCCGCCAUGAUGAAAACGCUGUACACACACUACAGAAUCCAUCUGCUCGCCUUCAGCGUCCUCUUUUGUGCAGUGAGAGCAGCGGUUUGUCAGUGGAUACUAGAAGCUUUUCUUUUUUUUUUUUUACAAGGCCCAGACUGGCAGUAAACAGGGUCGAGGAACACCUUCGGGAGCUUUUUUUUUAAACUCACUGUGACUGCUACUUUCAGCAAUUGGAAACCACUUUUAACGGCUAAUUGCAUCAGAAGGAUGGAAGUCUUCACCUGAAAGCUGCUGGCAAACGGGACCCCUCUCAGGUUACUUUAAUAAAGAGCCUUUACUACUGACCUUUAAUCAACUACAGACAGAACUUGGGUAACUUCAGCGUGUCUAUUAGAAAGGCAUUUUUUUGUAUCAGGUUUGUGCCUUGUUUCUUUUAACGUUGUCCUGUUUUACUACACAUGAGCAGUGUUUUCGCUUUCUGAUUAGUUACACGCGGGAUGUUCCUCGUGAAGGGAUCUGCACUCCUUUAAUUCAUUUGACGAUAUCUUGAAUGUUUUCUUGCAUCGUUCUACAAGCGUUUUAUGUACCAAGUGUUGUUUUAUGAAGCGUGGCCACAGAACAAAGUUGAUGACUUGAAAUAUGCGAGUACACGCGACCGGCCGGGUAUGAAGACGCGGAGGAGAAAGCGGUUCGUUAACACUUAGUAAAAACUUUGGAGAAAUUAGAAAUAAGCUUAUACAAUCAAUCUUAGGCUGUAUAUAUCAUAGUUAAACCUGCUGUGUAAUCAAGUUUAACAUUCCACAGCCACUUAAUGUCAUGACCUGGUGUUGAAUUCUUAUCGAAGGGGUUUGAGUGUCACGUAAAGUCUUCAAACAUAUCUUAAAUCAGUCUGUUUAUCUUAAAGUUUGCUGUUUUGGGAAGUACACUGUACACUAAGUUGUCUUUUUGCUGAGAAUUACAUGAGAAAAUCGCUGCCACUAUAAUGUCUGUACACUAAAUAUGAUGCUACAAGUAGGGGCUGGUUAGCUUAGCUUAGCAUCGGCACCGCCGCACCUGUAGAACUACAACUUAUUUAUUUUUUUGUAAAUAUGAAAUGAAUGAGAUGAAACAUAUUUAGGAGUGACCUUUUGGAUACCUUACAAAAAAGCUAAGCUAAUUUAUUUUGUACUUUAUAGUUGAAAUGCUAAGCUAAGCUAAGCUAGUCGAUUGCUAGUUGCAGCUUCACAUUUACUGAACCGACAUGAAAGUCGUAUCAGUUUUCUCAGUUUUUUUCCCACUAUGUCUACAUAGUUACUUUAUAUCUGUUUUUAUCUUAAAUUUUGCUGGUUUGGGAAGUACACUAAUUCACUUCUUUGCUGAGAAAUGAAUGAGAAGAUUGAUACUAUAUUUUAUGUUUGUACACUAAAUAUAAGACUACAGCUAGCAGCUGGUUAGCUUAAUGUAGCAAAAAGAGAUAAAAAGAAGAGUUUAAAUAUGGAUUUAAAGAAUGAGCUAAAACAUAAUUAGUAGUAAGAUUUGGGUAAGAACAUUUCUUAUUUUUGAACCAUUUCAUAGCCUUGGUGCUAAGCUAAGCUAGUCGGCUGCUGCUGUAGCUUCCUCAUUCACUGAACAGACAAGAAAGUUUAAAUGUUUUCAGCUUAUUUCCCACAAAGUUGGCCUAUUACUUUAAAUCAGACUUUUAAUCUUAAAGGACUAGCUUGCUGGUUUGGGAAGUAUGUUUAUUCACUUCUUUGCUGAAAAAAUGCUAAGCUAAGCUAGUUGGCUGCUGCUGUAGCGUCAUGGUUGCUGAACAAACAUGAGAAAAGUGUACAUUUUCUCAGCCUAUUUUCUACAAUUUCACAACCUGUUCCUUUUUAUCUUAAGGUUUCCUGGUUUGAGAAGUGCAAUAACAUACUUAUUUUCCGGGAAUUAGUUUCAUGUCUUUACACUAAAUAUGAAAGCACAGCUAGCAGCCGACUUGCUUAGCUUAGCAAAACAGCUAGCACCGGUAAAGUUGGUUAUAACUUUUUUAUAGGUUUGUGAGUGAACUAAGCAAAUUAGUUAAAUGAUAACAAGCAGUUAACCCAGUAAAACUGUUUUCUUCCCUUUAAACCGAGCAAGGCUAGCUCGUACCCCAUUUGACAGUUUAAAUGCUAAGCUAAGCAAGUCGGCCGCUAGCUGUAGUUUUACUCAACAUGCAUGAGAAUGGUAUCAAUUUUCUCAAUUUACUCUGCAACAAAAGUGAAGAAAAUGUAUUUCCCACAACAUCAACCUGAACCUUAAACCACCCUGUUAUGCUGUAAUCUUCUUCAUCAACCAGAGCACUUACAGUGCAGCGUAUUGGCACAAAUAACUUGAAUACAUGUCUUUAUUUUAUACUCUUGACAAUAUCGUUUGUGAUUUGUACGUAUCAUUUUAGCUGUCAUAUAGUUAUGUCCGAACAAGUUACUUUAUAAAUGCAUAUCUUUAUGAAUAAUACAAAAACUAGCAGAUUAGUCUACUUGUGCUCACAUGAAGCUCGUUGACACUUGACACAACACUGCAAAUUUAUUUAUGGUGUGUUUUUUGCUGUGACUCUGUGAAACAGUUUAGAGAUUUUAUUGAAUUCCUUCACAGGAUACUUAAGGUGACGAUAAUAAUAUUAGCAUUGCGUGGUUGUCAUUGUCUAUAAUACUUGGCAAUCUCUUAGUUAAACCUGUAAACAAAGCUUAUCGCGCGUGUGGGGAAAUGUUCAAAUAUCCAAGUAGUGCCUGUCUAGGUCUUAAUUUUUACUCUCACGGUUCAUCGUCAUCCUCGCUGUAUGGUCCUCCAUACAAGCCAAAGACCAGGGGAAAUGUUGCAAUAGUCAGCAAGUAUCCUGUAAAUGCAUGCUUCACCAAAUUUCUGAAGGUAGCGGUUUAAUAUUAUGCACUGAAUUUCACGUUAGUCUAUUUUACUGCAUCGGUGGUACUUGUGAAAGGAAGUCCUCACUUGAAGUUAUUUUAUUCGCUGUGUAUGGUUUGUAUCGGUUGCAUUUGCAUGAGUGUUUGCUGAUAACUUGAUAUUCAGGUUUUUGGAUGUUUGUGUGAUUAUUUUUUUUUAAUGUGUGGUGGUGGUGGUGGUGGUGGUGGGGUUAGUGCAUGAUUGGCACUAAGAAAAAAAAAAUUGGUGAUACAUAACAUUCACAAUUUCUUCUGUCUUAUAGGUUUUGAAAGCAAUAAGCAUUGUCAGUAAAGCCAUCCUAGUGAAAAUGUAUUGUGGAGUUUGUAAACCGGUGGAUGGGUUUCCGCUCAUUACUCACAAACCUGAGAUUACUUGUACUUUAGUUACCUCUGCCAAGACUACUGCGGCUGCGGUGUGUAGCUGCGCAGCAUAUUUUCAAUUAGCAACAUGCCUACACCUCAUGUUGUUAAUGAAGGAAUAACAGGAAGGCUCGAGUUAAUUUGAUCUGAAUCAAAAGCUGCAGGAAGGCGGAGGUGUGAACAUUUCCAGGAGGCUGUUCUUACUCACAUCGCCUCGCAGCCUGGCGUCCCCCAGGGCUCUCUGUUUGGAUCUGUGCUUUUUGUGCACUUUGUUUAUUUAAAUAAAAAAAGUGUCUUCAGGCUGUAUUUUUUUUUUGUUUAAUUUCUGACCUCUGAACACUGGAACAGUUCUGUUUUGUGAAUUUAAAUGAAUACACCAUAGAUAUGUUACCAGUUUAUGUCUAGAGCGCCUAUGACAAGUUGCCAAUUUAUUAAUUUACAAAACUAUUAAUUGUGAUUAUAGAAAAUAUAAAGGUAUUCAUAUUCAAAUAAAUUAGAUUCUGAAUAAGUUUGAGCUGAUGUUUUGUCCUUUUUCUUGAAAUGCAUCUGAAACUU